AUGAUGCAGUGGAUCAAAGGGCUGAUCAAACUAGCCGAAGGGGAUCCCAUUAUUGUAGCCGGGGAUUUCAAUUCACCACACAGGUUUUGGGGAUAUACGACCAACACGAGGAGAGGCAAAGAUAUCCUUGAAGCCAUGAAUACAGUGGGCCUGGAGCUGCUCAACGCACCCGGCGUCAGGACUAGGUUAGCCAAGCAGUGGAGGCAAAAGGACUCUACCCCGGACCUCACUUGGGCCUCGAGAUGUCUCGACCUUGAAUGGACGCCAUGGAGAGAUACCCUCGGCAGCGAUCACUUCCCCCUGGAAAUAAAGCUCAGACAUGCCCAAGGGACAGGCUAUAAGGAGAAGAGACCGGUAGUAAAGUGGGACCGUUUCAGGGAGCUUCUUGAAGCGGAAGACGACCAAGACGUGGAGAUGAGCAUACGCAAGGCACUCCGAGAAGCCAAGACGGAGAUAUUGGUGAAGCCCGAUGCUCCCACCCCUGACAACCACCUACUCAAUCUCUGGGCUAGCCGGCUACGAGCGCUCCAGAGAUACGGUAAAAAGAAAACACUACGGAACAAAAUCAAGCUAAACCAUGCGACGGCGAAGGCCAACAGGUACACGAAGGAACUAGGACGCACAAGAUGGAGAACUCACUGCGAGUCUUUCAACCAGCGCACCGGGCUUGGAAAGGCAUGGCGAACUUACCGGGGCCUCGACGGAAGAAAGCGUAGGACAAGAAAUGCGGCACAGAACCUCGCCGUUAAGCUAAACAUAAGCGAGGAGGAGUUGGCAAUCAAGGCCGGUGAACUUUUUUUUCCCCAAGACGGAGGACCGACGACCCCCAGAGCAACGGCCGAGGACUUGGACAUGCCACUAGAAGCUGGGAUGGAAGAUCAGCUUGGCAUGGGAGAACUCAUAGACGCGCUCUUCACAACAAAGACCAACAGCGCCCCCGGUGAGCAGGAAUGGACGAUGCAACGCGGCAUAGAACAAGUCCUGGAGUAUCUCAAGGAGUUCGGAAUGGAAGCGUCCCCUGAGAAGACGCAAUACAUGGUAGUAGCCAGGCCCCGAGACCAUCGGAAAGGAAUCGCCAACUCGAUACGACUUGAGAUAAACGGGCAAGAGAUUGGCAGAAAACAACAUAUCAAAAUCCUCGGAGUCACCUUCGAGGAAACGGCGAGAAGUUCGAAAUGGCUCCCAGAUAUAGAAAAAAACUGGGUUCAGGGCUUGAAGCUCAUUAGAAAAACAACCAACAAGUCAUGGGGCGCCGACGAGAAGGCUCUUCGUAUCCUGGCGGAAGCCCUACUCACGUCGAGAGCUCUAUAUAGCUGCAACUGGCUAAAUCUCACCCGCGGGCAGUGGAAAAAGCUAGAAAGAUUAAAUCACCGAUCCAUGAGGUUGAUCACAGGUCUUCCCAACUUCACGCCACUCGAAGAUCUGCGCCAAGAAGCUCAGAUGAGCCGUAUUGAGGACAGAGCCGACGCACAAAACAUCGCUCAAUUUCAACGACUGGAGCGGACCAGGCAAGGUCGUCGACUUCUAGAGGAUUUGGGGUACGACAUAAGGAACAAACCCCCACUUGAAGAGCCCCUUCCACCGUGGCAAGAUGAGCCAAUCACAGACCAUCGGCCACUCCCUAAAGCCCUAAACGGAGGGAAGAGGGCGAGGGCUGCUAGACUACAUGCAGCUUGGUGCGAGGAACAUGGAAGGGGCGACGAGAUACGCUAUACCGACGCAGCACGGACCGAGGGAGCCUCAGCAGCAGCAUGGCACGACCAAAGAAGGAACAAGGGGUGGGCCGAAGCGCUACCGGAGGGCACAUCCGUCAAAGAAGCCGAGCUCAGGGCGAUUCUUGCGGCGAUCGAAGACAUCCUGAGCAUCUCAGUAACGGCCAGUAAAGCCAUAAUUUUUACGGAUUCUCAGGAGGCGAUCAUCGCAACCAGAUGCAGCAGGGCCAAAGGCCGCACGACUAAAAAGAUAAAAAAGAUGGCGACGGAGCUUCGAGAAAGGGGCACCGAGUUGUACAUAACGUGGCUUCCUGGACACAGUGGAAUAGCCGGGAACGAGAGGGCACACAGGGCCGCAGUGGAGGCAGCACAUUAUAGCUCCACGCUUGGCCCGACCUCUCCAUCCGGCAGGCACGAGACGGUAGAUCCGGAGGAGCAGGCCGAACUCGACAGGCAGGCGAGGAAGGCCUACCUCAGGGGUCUCCUACCGCCACAAGAAGACGAGAUACCAGCAGGCUACAGCCGAUGGGCUGCCGUCCGGGUUCGUCGUGUCAGGACCAAGACGGCGUGCACUCCAGCGAAACUGGCGAGCUUUGGCUUGCUGGAACCAGAAGAAGCAAAGUGCAAGACCUGCACGGGGAACAACAUCGCCAUAGAGUAA